UGGGGUGGCACCCCAGCUCGGGGCCCGCGCACGCCGCGCCGCUCUACUAGCCGGGAAGGCGGCGCCUGCAGCGGCUGCUCUCCGCGCCCGCUCCCCGCUGCCUUCCCGCCGCGGCGGGCGGUCUCCGCGCCCCCAGACUCGCCCUGCACCGCUCAGUCUGGGCGGGGGGCCCCCAUCCUGCACCUCCCCUCCGAGGGGGUCCUGGGGCUCCUGCCGGACGUGGAAGGGGUCCUUCAGAUUUCUCUUGCGGAUCUGGCUGGGGCCCCCCAACUUUGCUCCAUCCUGGUCACCUUUCUCAUCUCCCCCGGGAAACGGGGUCCGUGCAUUCCCCCCCUAACGAGUGUGGGUCACCCCGGGGAGGUAGCCGGGGACUGCCUGGACUUCUUUGGGGUGCAGAAGAGCACCCUCAGAUUUGCACCAAGGCCCCUACGUCCCCCACGCCCCGGGCUUCGGAUGACCGGCUGGAGGAAGGCACGUCGCAUCUGUGCUGACCUGUGAACAUUGAACUUGAGAGCCCAGGUGACUGUGGACCAUUUUUGGUGAUUCAUGAUUGAGGAAACACGGCUUCCCCUCUUUCCCUCUUCGGCAAUUCCUCUUCAUGUCUGUGAUGGGGACUUGUCACAGCUAAGGGCACAGGUGCACUGGCUUCUCCUAUCUUUGCAUGCUGAGGACAACCCAGGAACAGCAUUUCCUGACCUCUGUGUCCUCUCUCUAGGAAAGUCCCCGAGCCAUCACCUGUCAGGCACUUGCCCCACAUGACAGGAAGGCCAGCUUCCAGCUAGCGCAUAAGUGCCCAGUGUCCGGAGCCGUCUGUGCACCAUGAGGGGACCCUGUGUCCUUGCUUGGCUGUUCUCGAGCCUGGGCUGGUGGAGACUUGUGCAGCCAGAAAGCGACUCAGUCCGGUGCCAGCGAGUGGAGCAUCCAGUUGUCACAUACAAAGAAAUUGGCCCCUGGUUGCGGGAGUUCAGAGCCAAGGAUGCUGUGGAUUUCUCUCAGUUAACCUUUGAUCCGGGACAGAAAGAACUUGUGGUGGGAGCAAGAAACUACCUCUUCAGGCUCCAUCUGGAGGAUCUGUCUCUGAUCCAGGCUGUGCAGUGGGGCUGUGAUGUAGCCACGAAGAAAGCUUGUUACAGCAAAGGCAAAUCCGAGGAGGAAUGUCAGAACUACAUCCGGGUGCUUUUGGUGGGUGGAGACCGACUGUUCACCUGCGGGACCAACGCCUUCACUCCGGUCUGCACUAACCGAACGCUCAGUAACCUGACGGAGAUCCACGACCACAUCAGCGGCAUGGCCCGCUGUCCCUACAGCCCUCAGCACAACUCCACGGCCCUGCUGACCGCCGGCGGCGAGCUGUACGCCGCCACUGCCAUGGACUUCCCCGGGCGCGACCCGGCCAUCUACCGCAGCCUGGGCGCUCUGCCCCCGCUCCGCACUGCGCAGUACAACUCCAAGUGGCUCAACGAGCCGAACUUCGUGUCCUCCUACGACAUUGGGAAUUUCACCUACUUCUUCUUCCGGGAGAAUGCAGUGGAGCACGACUGUGGGAAGACCGUGUUCUCCAGGGCUGCCCGGGUCUGCAAGAACGACCUUGGGGGCCGCUUCCUCCUGGAGGACACCUGGACCACCUUCAUGAAGGCCCGGCUCAACUGCUCUCGGCCCGGGGAGGUGCCCUUCUACUACCACGAGCUGCAGGGCACCUUCUUCCUGCCCGAGCUGGACCUCAUCUAUGGCAUCUUCACCACCAAUGUGAACAGCAUCGCCGCCUCGGCCGUGUGCAUCUUCAACCUUAGUGCCAUCUCUCAAGCUUUCAAUGGGCCCUUCAAGUACCAAGAGAACUCCCGCUCAGCCUGGCUGCCCUACCCCAAUCCCAACCCAAACUUCCAGUGUGGCACCGUGGACCAGGGUCUGUACGUGAACCUGACGGAGAGGAACCUGCAGGAUGCUCAGAAGUUCAUCCUGAUGCAUGAGGUGGUGCAGCCCGUGAGCCCCGUGCCAGCCUUCCAGGAGGACAGCAGCCGCUUCUCCCACGUGGCCGUGGAUGUAGUGCAGGGCCGGGAUGCCCUGGUGCACAUCAUUUACCUGGCUACAGAUCAAGGCACCAUCAAGAAGGUGCGGGCGCCCCUGACUCCGGGCGCCACCGGCUGCCUGCUGGAGGAGGUGGAGCUGUUCCCAGAGCGGCGGCCCGAGCAGGUGCGCGGCCUGCGGGUGCUGCACAGCCAGAGCGCGCUCUUCGUGGGGCUCCGCCAGCACGUGGCCAAGGUCCCGCUCAAGCGCUGCCACUUCCACCGCACCCGCAGCGCCUGCAUCGGGGCCCAGGACCCUUAUUGUGGCUGGGACGUGGUGAUGAAGAAAUGCACCAGCCUGGAGGAGAGCCUGAGCAUGACACAGUGGGAGCAGAGCAUCUCCACCUGCCCUACCAGGAACCUCACAGUGGACGGACGCUUUGGCCCGUGGUCUGCGUGGACGCCCUGCUCCCACACGGAUGGCAGCGCCGUGGGCUCCUGCCUCUGCCGGACCCGCUCCUGCGACAGCCCGGCCCCCCAGUGUGGAGGAUGGCAGUGCGAGGGGCCCCGCAUGGAGAUCACCAACUGCUCCCGGAACGGAGGCUGGACACCCUGGACCUCGUGGUCUCCCUGCAGCACCACCUGCGGCAUCGGCUUCCAGGUGCGCCAGCGGGCCUGCAGCAACCCCGCCCCGCGCCAUGGCGGCCGCGUGUGUGUGGGCCAGAACCGCGAGGAGAGGUACUGCAACGAGCACUUGCUGUGCCCCCCACACAUGUUCUGGACAGGCUGGGGGCCCUGGGAACGGUGCACAGCCCAGUGUGGAGGUGGCGUUCAAGCGCGCCGCAGAACCUGUGAGAAUGGGCCUGACUGUGUGGGCUGCAACGUGGAAUACCAGUCAUGCAACACCAACACAUGUCCUGAGCUGAAGAAGACCACCCCCUGGACCCCCUGGACCCCCGUGAACAUCUCCGACAAUGGCGGCCACUACGAGCAGCGGUUCCGGUAUACAUGCAAAGCCCGCCUGCCAGACCCCAACCUGCUGGAAGUGGGGAGACAGAGAAUUGAGAUGCGCUACUGUUCCAGCGAUGGGACCAGUGGCUGCUCCACUGAUGGUCUUUCUGGAGAUUUCCUGCGAGCGGGCAGGUACUCAGCCCACACGGUCAAUGGUGCCUGGUCAGCCUGGACAUCCUGGUCGCAGUGCAGCCGAGACUGCAGCAGAGGCAUCCGGAACCGGAAGCGGGUCUGCAACAACCCGGAGCCCAAGUACGGAGGCAUGCCCUGCCUGGGCCCCUCCCUGGAGUACCAGGAGUGCAACAUUCUGCCCUGCCCAGUGGACGGCAUGUGGUCCUGCUGGUCUUCCUGGUCCAAAUGCUCGGCGACCUGUGGCGGUGGACACUACAUGCGGACUCGAUCCUGCACCAACCCGGCCCCGGCCUACGGGGGCGACAUCUGCCUGGGACUGCACACGGAGGAAGCGCUGUGCAGCACCCAGCCCUGCCCCGAGAGCUGGUCCGAGUGGUCAGAUUGGUCCCCAUGUGAUGCGUCUGGAGUUCAGAUUCGAGCCCGCCAGUGCGUCCUUCUGUUCCCCGUGGGCAGCCAGUGUUCCGGAAACACCACAGAGACUCGGCCCUGCGUCUAUGACUCCAAUUUCAUCCCAGAAGUCUCUGUGGCCAGAUCUAGCAGUGUAGAAGAAAAACGGUGUGGAGAGUUCAACAUGUUCCACAUGAUGGCCGUGGGCUUGAGCUGCUCCAUCCUGGGCUGCCUCGUCACGCUGCUUGUCUACACCUACUGUCAGCGCUACCAGCAACAGUCCCAUGACGCCACCGUCAUCCACCCAGUCGCCCCCGCCCCGCUCAACACCAGCAUCACCAACCACAUCAACAAACUGGACAAGUACGACUCGGUGGAAGCCAUCAAGGCAUUCAACAAGAACAAUUUAAUCCUGGAAGAAAGAAAUAAAUACUUCAAUCCCCAUCUCUCUGGGAAGACCUAUUCCAAUGCCUACUUCACGGAGCUCAAUAAUUAUGAUGAGUACUAGCAACACUUUAAUUGUUGGCUUCUUGUAAUCCCCCCGAUUCCUCAAGACCUGUGCCCCACCACUACCCUCGUUGCUGAAGCUUCAGAGACAAAAUGUGGAAACAUUUCAAGUGCAUUUCAAGCCCCAAGUGUCCCAUUGCUGCCAGAAUGCCGUGUCCUAAAAAGCCACAAAUCUGGACGUGCCCUUGUGAAAGUCUGGUCCGCCAUAUUUGGGCGUUGUUGUUUAACUGACUUUUUUUUUUUAUUGUGUUCCGUUGAUUUUUCUCAAAAAAAUCUGCUGUUUUCUUGAGCCUUUUAAUGAACAUGCCCCCCCCCCAAUUCCACAACACAUACAAGGAGUCUAGAAAUAUGGCCAUCUUCUUAUUCUUGAGUGUCCUUCUCCAUGGUGUUCUAGUUGAAGAAAAUGGCACUUUCUCUGAUCUCCCUUCCCCUCCAGGAAGAGCACUCUGGUCCAUCGUCUUUGAUUCAGUAAACAAUAUGAUUGUGUGACCACAUACUGACCCACCAUCAAUGCCCUUCCCUCCCUGGACGACACCAUGGACUCUUGAACACAGUUGGUGUGUUCAGCUUUGGAAUAAUCCUUGCCUAGCUAAGCUCAGGGCUACCACCUGACUUGUAGCUGCAGAAGUGAUGGAAUAUGAGGUAUUGACACGUCAUCCUUAGUGUCCAGCCACUUCCUGGGUGCCAGUGGUGGAGCUGAGUCCCCCGAUCUGAGACUCAGAGAGAAGUCCGUUGAACAGGACACUGGAAACUAGCCUUAUCUGACUUGUGGAUUGCACAGUGUUGGGCAGAGGGGUACUCCCUGGCUUGUGGCCGGCCUGAGGGUCACCUGCCUAGUCCCUCGCCGUGUCCUGAAGAGCCACUCAUCAAGCCUUUCCCUGAACCUGACGUCACCUCUUUUCCCUGCAAAGGAAAGUUUCCCAACACUCAUGAUGCCAGUGGAAGAAAGAAUUGGAGGCUUAACAUAGAAUGGGAAACAAAAGAUUUUAUUUUAUUUUAUUUUAUUUUAUUUUAUUUUAUUUUAUUUUAUUGUCCUGGUAUGGAAAGUACUACAGAAGCCACAUGGAGAGAAAAACAGCUCGCCUUUCUCGUCCUCCUGCUAGAGCCCUCACGCAGCCAUCAGCCUACAGGAGCACUGAGGCUGGAGCCAGCCUGCCACACUCCAGAUCUGUGCAUAGCCGCCUGGCCUCAGUGCCGAGCUGCCCCAUGCUGCCCUCACGGCCGAUACUGGAGUGAUGCUGAGCUCUGGUGCCUUUUGUUCUCUGUGCUGCCUUCCUGUCCACAUGCACCUCUUCUCCUGGAAACGAUGCUCCAAAAUCACUUUAAGAAUUCUGUGUCCUUUAAGGCUGUUUGUUUUUUAAUGAUACCCCAUGGCACUGCACACUGAUUAUUGAUAAUCUCUGUGGAGUGUGAUGAUCUUCCUCGAAGCCUGCGGAAGAGGGGACAGCCGGGUCAGUCACUCACAGGCGAUUUAGAUUUACACAUCAUCAUGGCUGUGGGUGAGCAGUUAUUGGAAGUAAGAACAGGGCUUGAACUGCUCCUCUGGGAGCCUGUGGACAUCGUGAUAAAGACCUGGGGAGAUCUGAACACAUUCUCGUUGAGAAAUGAACCUUCAGAUCUGUGAGAGGAGGUGGUGUGGGUGUCGGGGAUGUCAGGCUUACUGACAUCCCUGCUGUCAGCUGAUCCCAUUUAAAGAAAACAUUUCGAGUGUUCUGGAAAAAUUCUGCUGAGAGAUGAAUGUUGGGACCCAACGAUCCUCCUAUCCCCACAUCUGUCAUAGCCACACAUCUGGAGUCCACAGUGAAAUGGUAGGUGGGCUCUGGAAGGUCCAGUGACUGUCGUGAUUGGUGUUCUGACCUCUCCAUUAGGAGGGCUUGUUGUAUCUUCUUACUCUCCAUCUGUCAUGAGAGAUGCUUCUUUCUCCACCCAAAGUUCACACUCAGGAGGCAGGAUGAGUCCAUGGCUUCCUGAUCCUUCCUGAGUGGGAUCGUCACUGAAUACCUCUACUGUCCAUACCUCCCUCCCACUCUACAGUGUAAGAAAACUGUCCUCACUGUGAAGCACAUUUUAAUGGUUUUUACCCCCAAGAUUUUCUCCACCAUCAUGUUCCAGGACCUAAACACUCCCCGCCCCCCCCACCACACACACAAUUCUAACCUUUAAAGCUCAUUAUAUUGUACUGGGAAGGAGGAAUCUUAUACUUUAAGGGAGCAUCAUUGAACUGGAUAGGAAUGGAUUUCUUUUAUUAUUAGUAGUAGUAUUUUAAUUUUCUUUCUUUAUUUUUGGUUAGAGACAGCCAGAAAUCAAGAGGGAAGGGGUGGUAAAGAAGGGAAAGAGACAGAGAGACACCUGCAGCCCUGCUUCACCACUUGCAAAGCUUCGCCCUGCAGAUGGGGACCGUGGGCUCAAACCCAGGUCCUUGAGCAUUGUAGCAUGUGCGCUCAACCAGGUGUGCCACCACCCGACCCCAGGAAAGGAUCUCUGAACAGCAGUCAAUGUGAUCUUUCAUCCAAAUCGCAGUGACUGGAGACAGCACCACACACACACACACUCACACACAUUCACAUACACAUUCACACACACACACACACACACUCACACACAUACCCACACAUUCACACACACACUCACACACAUACACACACACAUUCACACACACUCACACACAACACCACACACACACGCACACGCGCGCACACACAUACACAAACACACACACACACACACACACACACACACACGGAAAUACUACAUGCUGUUUUAUACACAGGUCUUAGACCACUGCAGAGAAAGCCACCUACUCUUGUUCCUGGGUCUGUUUGUCCUCUACUCAAGAGUAUUCCCGUCUUUCCUGACUCCAAUCAUUUUGCAUAUGGUUUUCAUAGUAUUCUGAGUAUUUUAGGCAUGGAGUCAAAUUUUCUUUCCCACUGCCGCCUAGGUGCUGGUCAUGCUUUCACGCUUUCCCUCUGUGCUGUUUAUCAACAAGAACCCCACAGGCUGGUGGACUCCUAGGAUGGGCUUCACAGUGCAGCUCGACUUGAGGCUGUUAGGAUUCCUGCUCAAAUCCUGUAGUCCACAUGACAUGUUCAUUCUCUUAAUCCUUUUAUUUGUUCCUUCAUUCUUUUCUCUCUCUCUCUCUCUCUCUCUCUCUCUCUCUCUCUCUCCCCCUCUCCCUCCCUCCCUCCCUCCCUCCCUCCAUCCCUUCCUCUUGCUCUUUCCCUCUCAUUUCCUUACUGGUCUAAUCAACAUCACUAGAGACUAAUGUUUUUAAGCUGUACUUCUAGUUAACAUCAAGUCACCACACUUAAGUUUCCAGGGUUAUUUCUGGAUACAUUAGAAUCUGGGCUGUUUACACAGGGGAUCUGCUGUGACUCUCACUUUUAGUUCUUGAGAAAUAGUUCCUCGUGUGUGUUAGCAGGGCUCUUUGUCUAGCCCUGACCAGCGGCCAUCCCCUGUCCACAGCAUGUCACAGGAAGGAGGGUGCAUGUACCCUUCCCGAAAUAGCUCAUUAUCUAUGUGUCUUCACUGGAACUGAGGCUCUUCAUGAUCACCCUGAGUGACAUGACCCCCAGAGUUCUAAGGAGCUUCCCAGAAGACCCAUGGUCCCCAGAUGUUGGUGUUUUCCUAUGCUUGUGUCCAUUUUGCUUUAAGAUAUUUCUCUGGCACUGUCCUUAAAGCCACUGUGGGCAGGGAGUUUUUUUCAGACACAUUCACCAAGCCUAUCUAAGUAGUGUCUUGAUUUGAACUGGCACCCAGACUGGAGAAAGGAAGCAUUUCCUUGGGUCUGUGUACAUAGAUUCAAAAGGGAUUGAGAAGCACCCCCUGCCCCAUCUCUGCCUCUAGGAAGAGCCCAGGGCCAACUAGGAGUCUGGUCUCACUUAUUCAUAGACCAAAGUCCAAUGUCAGACAAGUGCAUGAGGCUUCAAAGCCCUGGAAAGUAUCCCAUCAUGAAGAUCUCCAUGUCCCCAGGGGCAACAUCAGGCUGUCACGAAAGUUCAAGGAGGAAUUCAUGUUGAAAAUACAUCAAGCUGUUCUCUAUUGCUUUGAGGACAAAGCAUGAACACUUCCUUCCUCAACACUGUCAAACCACACUCAUCACUGACUUUGCCCACCUCUAGUCCUGCUGUCCUCCAGGAGCUGUCUUGUGUAUGGCAUGGGGGUGGGGGGGUGUAGGUCCAUGGAAGUCAGCAUUUCCAACUCCAAAGAUUGCCUUAGAGACAGAUUUCUGUAGCUAUGCCCAGAGCAUCUAUCCCUUAUAGUCCCUCCAUCAGUUCAUGGUGAUUUAUGUUGCCUUGUUGGUUUAUUUUGACAAAACAUUGCCUCUGAUUACCCAUGAUUCCUUUUUACGAGACACUAGCGAGUCAUUCUGUGCCUGCUGCUUUUCUGGUCAAUGGGUGUGAAGUGGGAGAACACAGAAUAACAUUCACUUUGACCUGAAGAAAUACACAAAAGGGAAUGCCAGCCGCUGCACAUUGAGAUAAAAUAUUUGAAGCCCAGAGACCUUUGUGGAAUUUAUUUCUUCUUUCCUUCCUUAUUGAGUUUGUUCAUAAUAAUUGAUUUUAAAACACUUUUGUAGUUCCACAAAUACUGACCUAAGACAUUGAUUUGAUCUUUUUUUUUUGAUAGCCUGAUAAAAUACUAGAAAAUACAUUUCUUUAAUCUUUCUUCUUUGGAAGUUAAAAAGUAAUGAACAAAAUGGAAUGUUGGAUUAUUGGCAAAGGUUUCUAAAAUGACUCCCUUUAUGAAUUUAAGAUAUAUAUAUACACACACUGGGGAAAUAUAUGUUACAUGAUCAAAAAUGGAAGCCUUUUGUCUUUUGAAAAUAUCCUCCAGACUAUAGAGAGACUUAGGGCAUUAUUAGAACCAAAUGUCCUAGCCUGACAGAAAUCCGGCAGUUCCUAGUGAAAGCUGUCAUAUAGAGUAUUUUCCAGAAAUCCUAUUCAUUUGGUCAUAGUAGGUAAUCCACUGAUUUCCCAGGACUGAGGAGGGACAGGCUUUCAUUCAAGCAGAGGUGUUUUACUGUGUUCAUAUGAUGAAAGACGUUGGAGGGGGGAAAAGCCAAGGCAGAAAAUCAUGCUGGUAUCUCUUACAUCAGCACACAAUGCAGGCGGGAAGACCCAUCCCCUUCUCUUCAUGUUCAGUCACAACUCUGAGGCCCGUUGUGCACACACGAUCCCUUUCUUACGCAGCAUCUUGUCAAUCUAGUGCCAAGUGGUCCAGCUAUGGGGCGGGGGUGGGGGUGGGGGGUGGGAGGGGGAGGUAGUUCAAACUGAAGUUCAAAAUGUUUAGUGAAUUCAUGGUGAGAGCAAGCUCUGGAUUCUGGAAGACCCCCACACACACACAAGUCCCCUUCUAUGGUACUAGAAAGAGAAAGUGAGAGCUUGGCAAGCCACCCUUUGUGAGAGCAGUUUAGUUUCUUUUAAGGGUUAUCAGUGCCUUGUUUGAGAUAAUUAGCCAUUUCACCUGGAUAUCAUUGGCUCCAAUUUAAAGCAGAAAACAAAUUGCCUGCACUUGGAAGGAAAUCAUUCUAAUUGGCCUGUUUUAACUUGGGAAAGGGAAAUGACCCAGAACCAUAUGAUCAGCAGGCGUGAUGCCCGUGCGGAGCUGGGAGGGACAGAGAGGCGUGUGGAAAUGCAGUGCUGUGUUAAAGUGAACCCAGUUUUGUCUAGCAGAAGCUACAGCGCUAUAAUCUCACACCCCCACAAAAAAAUGCCUUAGUGUUUGUUCAUGAGUAUAAAUCUUAACAUGUUGCCUAUAAACAUUUCAGAAUUAUGUUAAUACCCUCUUCCGACACCUGGAAAAAUCAGACACAAAUGAGAACCAAGCCAGAACAUUGCUUAUUAUUAUUAUUUUAAUAAAGUCUAUGUCAUGCUCUUUCGUGAGGUCGCCUAUUUGACUCUACUAAUUUGGGUUGAGAAAAUCAACAAUAUUUUUCAUGCUCCAGUUGAUUGUUUUCCUUUCUCCUGUGACUGCUGGCCCAAGUCAAAGUUGGACUUUGGCGUUUUGAAAGAAAGCACUGAGUGAAUUUUUAAUUCAGGUACCUCUGUUCACCACAGAAAUACGUAAUUAUCCGAAAAAAGGAAAUGCAGCAACUUGACCCAACAUGACCUUCUAACGUGCGUGCAGAAACUUGUAUGGGUGGGUGUUUCUCUGGAAGAUGUUAUGCAUCGUUCAAUGCCUCAUUCUUUGUACAUUUGCUGUUGUGAUACAAAAUAAACGUAUUUGGAAUUGUUUCUUUAUUAUUAUUAUUUUGAGCCUUAUCCAGAGUCCCAAUUUCUGUCCUUGCUGACUGCACAAUAAACACCUCACCUGGAAAUUGAUUGUGAAGAUGCCAUCUAUAGUUACCAUAGUGAAGAUUGUAUUUUCUUUUUAGAAUGAGAUGGCAUUGCCCUCCCAUGGGACAAUGGGACUUGGUUGCCUUGUUAGAAUGGCCAUGCCAUGCUGAGUACUUCUUCAGUUGGCCAUCAGAUGUAACACAAGCUUUUAGCCCUUGCGUUCAAUUUCUAAGAUUCUAUUUGAAUCCUUAUUUGGAAAUGUACAUUUCAACAAUGCAUGUAUUUAUAAUGCCUUGCCAUUAGAUUAGUGGUUUCAAAUGCUCUGUUGAGAGCUGUUCAGUUCUAUAGUUAAGAAAGUUGUUUUAAGGCACCCAUCAGAGAUGCUAUUAAAAAUAUAUAUAUAGGACAUUGUGGCAGUAAAAACAGAGGGCUCAUAGCCUGCUACAUUGGCUCAAUAAUGAAAGUUUGAAGAAAGGGUAGACCCGGGAGCAGGUUGAAGGCUACCUGAGCAGUCAGCAGAGGCUAUCUUGCCUCAGUUCCAAACCCCAGUCCUGAGAAAAGCAAGCAGAGUUAGAGAAUCCCUGGAGCAGAUACUCAGCAGGAAAUGUGGUAUGCAAAUCCAUCGCUCCCGGUGACGUUGAUUUCUAGAACCCAGGUCUCCUCAGCUUUCUUGAAAGGAUAGACUGAUGAAGAGAAGAGUGACUCUGAGUCUCCGAGUCUCCGGGCAGUGCAGCCUCCCUCCUCCUCCUCAGAUUCUGCCAACAUUGUGCGGACACGAUAAGAGAAUUGUGAUCCUGUACAGUAUAAAUUGUAUUAUAUUUUUUGUACUUAUGUUUUAUGUAAAUAGUUUGUCUCCUUCUGUUGUAUGUGAACACUGAAAUAAAUCCUAUCAUUUAAGAAA